UGUAUCCAAAUCGGUGGUGGAAGUGGAAUUUGUAUGUGAAUAUACAACCAUCAUUACUUGUCAAAAACACAUCACCCCUCACUUUCAACUUUUUUUUAAAGACCUUUUUUUUUAUCAAUUUUUUUUUUAAAAAAUAUUUUAUUUUCACAAUUUCACCCACUCUAAUCCCCUAAAAAGUCAACUCAUAACCCAUUAUAUAUAUUCUUCCUCAUAUCCCAAAUACAUUAAAACAAAGUAAAUUCUAUAUUAAAAAUAAAAUAAAAAAAUCCACUCUACUUUAACCCUCCACUUCUUCAAAUUCCAAUUACUCAUCCUCUUUUUUGACCAAAAAUUUCCCAAAAAUUCCAGAUACCCAUUUGAGAAAAGUGAACCAAUUGUGCAAAUUUUGAUUUUUUUUUUUUUUUGUGUAAAAGUUUUAAUCUUUGUUAAUGGUUGUGAAUAUGAUCAAGUGGAGGCCAUGGUUGCCACCACUUCAAUCGAGAAAAUUUGAGGUUAAAAUUGUGGUUGGUUCAAUUAAAGGGUUAAAUUUAAUUCAAGAAGAGAAAGAUGAUGAUGAAAAUUAUAAAUUUAGGGUGGAGAUUAAGUGGAAAAACCCUAAAUCAAAUGGGUUUAAAUCAUUGAAAAACAAGGGUGUCAAGAAAUUAAUUUCAAGGGAAGAGAGAUUGGGUCAAAACGGUGUCGUUCAGUGGGAUGAAGAAUUUACGAGGGUUUGUCAAUUUUGUGGGUCUAAAGAUAAGAUUGAGGGUGUUUUUCAUCCUUGUGAAGUCUCUUUGGUGGUCUUUUAUGGUUCUGAGAAACGAACAAAGAAGAUGGCUCCGUUGACAGCAUCUGCUGUAUUAAACCUUGCUGAAUUUGUUUCUUUGGAAGAAGAUGUGAAUGAUUUUGACAUCAAUGUUCCUCUUUCUAUCCUCCAUAGCGGUUUCAAUUGCAGCCCCUCUCUUUGUAUUUCUCUUAGCUUGAUGGAGUUGAAAUCUGCGCGAGAACUGUCAGUUGAAGGGCAGAGACCAAUAAUGUUUGCUCCAUUAUCGCCUUGUUUUGGUGCUUCUCAUCUGAUCAAGAAUGAUGAAGCUUCUUCUUUUAAAUCAAAUCUAAGAAAAGUUAAAAGCUUGACAGAUUUUGUUUCAUCUAGAAAAUUGAAGAAGGCAUACAAUGGAGAAGGCAGUUGUGACAGUAAGUUCUCUACUGGAAGUGAGGAUUCAGACCCUUUCGACACAGACUCAUUUGGCGAUACUGAUGAGGGUGAAUCAGAAGAAAGUAAAGAGGAUGUGGAUGUUCAAAAAUCCUGCAGUUAUGGCACUUUAGUCCAUGCCAACUUCGCUGGAGGAGCACUUGACCUAGGAGUCAAUUGUGAGGGCGAUGAUUUGGUUUAUUACGGCAGACAUAAACCACAUGUAGACAGCUCUGUUGCUCAAGAUUAUGACACAUUGAUUUCAGAGCAAUUGCAGAGGCCGAGUUCGAAAUUUGGUAUUUCAUGGACGAAAGGAAAGCUGAGCUUUAAAUCUCGUAAGGUCAAAGGAGAGCCAUUACUGAAGAAGGACUAUGGUGAAGAAGGCGGAGAUGAUAUUGAUUUUUAUCGCCGACAGCUUUCUGAUGAAUCCUUAGCGCAAUUUGAAGGUUCGAUGGGAAGUGCAUCAUACAUUUCUGAAUUUGGGGAUGACAACUUUGCUGUCGGUAGCUGGGAGCAAAAGGAGGUUCUGAGCCGUGAUGGGAGCUUGAAGCUUCAAACUCAAGUCUUUUUUGCUUCAAUCGAUCAAAGAAGUGAAAGGGCAGCUGGUGAGAGUGCAUGCACUGCUUUGGUUGCUGUCAUUGCUGAUUGGCUUCACUCCAACCAAAGGGAAAUGCCUGUAAAAUCUGAAUUUGACAGCCUCAUUCGAGAAGGUUCCCUUCAGUGGAGAAAUCUCUGUGAGAAUGAGGACUACCGGGAGAAAUUUCCUGACAAGCACUUUGAUCUUGAGACUGUCAUUCAAGCUAAAAUCCGCCCCCUCUCUGUCGUCCCAGAGAGAUCUUUCAUUGGUUUUUUUCAUCCUGAUGGGCUAGAAGAGGAGUGUUUUGGCUUCCUUCAGGGUGCCAUGUCAUUUGACAAUAUAUGGGAUGAGAUUUGCCGGGUUGCAUCAGAGCUAAACUGCAAUAGUGAACCUUUGGUGUAUGUUGUGAGCUGGAAUGACCAUUUUUUCAUCCUCAGGGUUGACUGGGAUGCCUUUUACAUCAUUGACACAUUGGGAGAAAGGCUUUACGAGGGCUGCAAUCAAGCUUUUGUUCUCAAAUUCAACCAUGACACCACCAUCGAAACAUUACCUUGUCAAACUUCAUCAUCAGAGGAUGCAAAGCCCACUGAAACAAAGUCUGCAAUAGUGGAGGCUUCUUCAUCAACGGGUCAACAGCAAGUUUCGUCUGACCAGGAAUCAGAAAGUGCACAAGGGAUAAAGGAAGAGAAGGUGCAUUGCAGAGGUAAAGAUUCCUGCAAGGAGUACAUAAAGAGGUUCUUGGCUGCCAUCCCAAUAAGGGAGUUGCAGAUUGAUAUGAAGAAGGGAUUGAAGUCUUCAGCCCCGAUUCACCAGCGACUACAGAUAGAGUUUAACUUCACUAAGCAGCAGUUUUUUCCAGCACCUGCUGAGUAUAUAGCUUUGGAGAUAGCAGGUGUUGUUCCAAUUUUGCCAGCGGCUGAUGUACAUGCAUCAAUGGCAGUUGAUCAAGUACCAGCACCAAUAAUGGUGGCCAGUAGCAGUUGACGUACCAGCAUCAAUGAUGACAGUCGCUGUUGCUUAGGAAAAAAAUUGAGAAGGGAUUAUACAUAUUGUCCAUUCUAACUCAUAAUUUUUUGGAGGGUUUUUUUAUUUUCUCCAUGUUUUCUUUUUUUAAACAGACGUUUAAGGUCUUACAGGAGGCAUUAUGUGUAAUUAAUCUUACUAAGCCCUUGUGAGUGCGUUUCGCCCUCAAAAGUGCAGGGUGAUCUUUUGCGCUUAGUAUAGAGAUAAACUGUUAUGCCAUAUUAUAACAUGAUAAUAAAAGUGUUUUUAUUUUAAUUUUGCUUCAACUUCUCUUAUA